GGGAAACAACAGCACUUCUAGUCUGCUGCUUUGAAAUCAACUUUUUCAUGGACACACAACAGAACCAUGGAGCCUCCCUCACAGGUGUCACUGCCAGAGAAGAUGCAGGAAAUACAGGAACAAGGAUUCCUUACAGAGGCUGAUGGCACAGUCUACAUGAACUUCAUGAAAAGUCACAGCUGCUAUGAUGCCAUUCCAACCAGCUGCAAACUGGUCAUAUUUGAUACCAAACUAAAAGUGAAAAAGGCCUUUUUUGCACUGGUGGCAAACGGCUUGAGGGCGGCGCCGUUAUGGGACAGCAAGUUACAGAGAUUUGUGGGUAAGACCAGGGAUCAGUGGAAUAGUCAAAGUGAAGUAUUGGUCCCUGUGAAUUGUAAUAACGGCAUCAUAAAUAUUUUUUCUUUCACAGGUAUGCUGACUAUUACAGAUUUCAUCAACAUCCUCCACUGCUAUUACAGGUCCCCUUUGGUUCAAAUGUAUGAGCUGGAGAGCCACAAGAUAGAGACAUGGAGAGAUGUCUACCUACAUAGUUCCAAUCACAUCCUCAUUCGUAUUUCUCCAGAGGCCAGCCUCUUUGACGCCAUCUAUCACUUACUAAAGUAUAAGAUCCACAGGCUGCCGGUCAUGGAUCCAGAGUCUGGAAACGUCUUGCACAUUCUCACCCACAAAAGAAUCCUCAAGUUCCUCCACAUAUUUGUAAGAAAGCAGAUGUUUAGCAUUGGAUUUGACCACCUGAGUUUUAUGUUUGCAUGCAUUAUCAUUCUACUACUGCAGUGUUUUCAGGGGAAAAAAGUUCCCAAGCCUGCAUUCAUCGGGAGGCAGAUCCAGGAGCUCGGGAUCGGAACUUUCAGGAACAUCGCCACUGUUCAGCAAACAGCAACGCUUUAUGAUGCCCUCGCCAUUUUUGUGGAAAGGCGGGUGUCUGCACUACCUGUGGUGGACGAACAAGGCAAAGUGGUGUCACUCUACUCAAGAUUUGAUGUGAUUAAUCUAGCGGCCCAGAAGAGUUACAACAAUCUGGACAUGACGAUGCAGGAGGUCGUUCGCAGGCGCUCAUGUUUUGUUGAGGGAGUAAUCAAGUGUUAUCCUGAUGAAACCUUGGAAACCAUCAUAGACCGGAUAGUCAGCGCUGAGGUCCAUCGGCUGGUCCUGGUGGACAGGGCUGACGUGGUGAAGGGCAUCAUCUCUCUGUCUGACCUGCUGCAGGCCAUGGUCUUAACCCCUGCAGGUAUUGAAGCCCUUCUGUCCUAGCACCAGAGGACAGAAGCUCCCCUUCCCUCUUUUUUACCACCUGUGUAGGCUUUAGUCCUGGCCGUGUACACUGCCAGAAAUCAACUUGAGACUGAAAUGAGACAUCACAAGUGGAAGAAAAAUCCCCUGGCUGUGCUACUGUUUACAUUACGAUGUCUUUUGGGAUCUUUGUACUAAGUAACAAUAAUGGCAGUGAGCUGAGCUUGAUACUGUAAUGAAUUUCUCUAAGUCUACAGCACAAUGUCUAUAAUGGAUG